AAACUUUACAGAAAUUACUCCUUAUCGCAUUCACCGGAAAGACAGGCUGGGCAUUGCCGUAGUUGGCAAGUAGUCGUACGAGUCAUCCUGGCACGUGACGGCUGGACUUUUCCCCCCUCAGUCUCUGCUCCCCAAGGGCUCUGUCUGCCUUCUUUUGCCUCAGGACGCUACAGACGCUAUGAUGGUCGAGUCUAUGAGGAAGCAGAAGGUGGUCAUUGUGGGCGCCGGCCCUGUCGGUGCUCUUGCAGCUCUCUAUGCUGCGUCGAGAGGGGAUGACGUCGAGGUUUAUGAAUUGAGGGGAGACCUCCGCAACCCGGCUACUGUGCCUCUGAAUUUCACCAAGUCCAUCAAUCUGGCCAUUUCAGAGCGCGGAAUUACGGCAAUGAGACACUCAAACCAGACAGAUAUCAUUGAUCGAGUACUGAGCCAGACUAUUCCUAUGUAUGGCCGCAUGAUCCAUGGCAAAGAUCGAGGGAAACUCUGGGAAGUUGCUCAAGCGUAUGAUGCCCAUGGCAGGGCAAUCAAUGCAGUAGAUAGAGCAGUCUUAAACAAUGCUCUCCUGGACGAGUUGGAGAAGACGCCGAAUGUCAAGCUGUUUUUCAACCACAAACUCACGGGGGCCGAUUUCCGUACCAAGAAGGCAUGGUUUGAGCUCAAAUCUCCGGAGGAAGCGCAUAGCGGUACCCAAGAGGGUGGACUGAAACGUGCACCGGAAAUCGAGGUGUCUUUCGACUUUUUAAUCGGGGCGGAUGGCGCCCAUUCCGCCACCAGGUUCCAUCUGAUGAAGUUCGCCAGGGUCGACUAUCAGCAAGAGUACAUUGACACUUUAUGGUGCGAAUUUCGCAUUCCCCCGUCUGAGAACAAUGACUUUCGUAUCUCCCCGAACCAUUUACAUAUCUGGCCAGGCCGGGAGUUCAUGUUCAUUGCCCUACCGUCAUCCGACAAAUCCUUUACAUGUACACUAUUCGCACCGUCCCAGCAUUAUGCAACUCUGGAGAGCUCCCCACAGAACCUUUUGGGAUUCUUUGACCUUCAUUUCCCAGGCGUCUGUCCGGAGCUUAUUACUCCCGAGCAACUGAGGGAGCAGUUUUCCUCAAACCCACACCUCCCACUGAUCAGCCUGAAGUGCAGGCCUCACCACUUCGAUUCCAGCGUUGUUAUCAUCGGUGACGCCGCUCAUGCUGUUCUCCCGUUCUACGGUCAGGGCCUCAACGCUGGUUUCGAGGACAUUAGGAUCCUCUUCGAAGAACUAGACAAACACGGCGUGUACAACUUGGAAUCCAACCCCGAAUCACGGGACGUAUGCCGAGGCACGGCCUUACAGGCAUAUACAACUCAACGAGCAGCUGAUACAUACGCCAUCAACGACCUCUCGAAGCAAAACUACAUCGAGAUGCGCAGCGGCGUCAAGUCCCCCUUGUACAAACUUCGCAAAUCCAUCGAAGAGUCCUUAGACUACUACUUUCCCGCACUGGGCUGGCAUACCCAGUACUCCCGCGUCAGCUUCAGUAACCAGAGGUACUCUGAGAUUAUCCGAGCUGUCCGGAGACAGGGCUUGGUAUUGGGUAUCUCCCUUGGCUCCGUGGCGGUUUCGACUCUCGCAACCUUGGCGGUUAUUGUGUGGAGAGAUCCUAGUGGUUUUUGGCCUUUGCCUGUGCUACGCACCGCUAUGCGACGGUUGCCGGUGAUUUGGUUCAAUAUUUUUGGGAAUAUUGCAUACAAAUGAAAGGAUAUGACUGCUUGUACAUUGAUGGUGGAGAUUGUACGUGCAUGCUAUAUAAAAGGGAGAGAAAUAGAGAAAAGCGGUGAACAAAAAAAAAGAAUAUCACGUCUUUUAUGAACAAGCUACUUUCUGGAAUCUGAUGAAGGCUGUAAAGUAUGGACAAUUUUUACAGAGUAAUGUUUAGUCUUCGAGAAGCAAUAUAUAUUGUGAAGGACUAAGACAAAUACCAUACCCCAACGUCAAACGCAACCAUAAAAUACUCUAGAGGAUGGAUGCAAAGUCCCCCCAGCACCCACAGGCGAGGAAGAGCGCUGCCCAACUCAACCCAAUGAGAUUAGGGAUUAGGGCUACUCUGCUCCAGCUCAGAAACCCCAAAUGACGGUGAACAUAACUACGACCCCGCACAGAUAAGAAAGAAAAGAAAAAAGAAAGGCAGCAUUAAGAGUAGCACGAAAAGAAAUACCCAAAACAAAGUCAUAACAUAGCAUACACGAGACAUUUUCGCUGCAAGUACUACAAAGCGGUAGGUAGGUACCUAGUCCCUUGACAUUUCAAGGGGAUAGACAUGCAACAUUAUAAGCCUCCAAAGAUAGGGUAAAGCAGCAAUAUCAAAGUAGACAUCCUCCUGGCGGUUCCAACAGGAAAGAAUAAAAACCAAAACGGAACAGAAAAGCAAAAAAGGCUAGACACCACACCUAUCAUUAAUCAGUUAUCUUCAUCCAGACUUGGAUCGGUUCUUGGGGAUGAAAGGAAUCAUGGGACAAUGUCAGAAAUAUACCAGUCUAGGGAGAAGAACGACACACACACACACACACAAAAAAAAAAAAAAAAAAAAAAAAAAAAAAAAAAAAAAAAAAAAAAAAAGGCACCAAAGAAAAACCAAGGAAACAGAAAGACCAGCAUACAGACAUAACCAAAACAAAACGUAAGAAAGAAAAACCAUCCCAAAGGAAGUACCCUCAGAUGUUGUGGCCGGGGAGGGUUGGAGGGACGAUGUACCAAAAUGAAAACUGGGCUUAUUUCAGCAGCGUUAUUGCAUCCUGCGAUUGGCGUGUCCUUGUUCGGCAAAUAUUGAGAUAAUGUUAAGAUCCCCAGGAAAUUAUUGAUAGCUCAUCUCUGCCUUUUCUUUAUUCAUUCAUUCAUUCUCGUCCCUUCAUGGGUGGGGAUGAGCGGUCCGCUGUUCCAAUAUAACCAGGAGGCAAGGAAG